CUGCCAUACCGGUGACCCACGAUUUACAUGUUCAACUUCUGUGGGCGUGUCAAACCCCUACGAGGUUUCAAUGCAACAUUGAGUGUCAGCUUCACACUCGGUAAUAUCUUCUUUAAAAGUUAUUUUAACGCCGGGAUUUAGUCUUGCAGAACGUGGCUGCAUGAGGUCAGUUUACGAGUGCAAGGAUCUGGUUGGUGCGAACGGUUAUAAAAUCAUAUUGAGAAACGCGUUUUCAGCACCUGCCCUGCGAACAGGGCUUGAUCAGUUUCACGGGUAGUGGCAAAGACGUGGAGCAGAGACCCGGAACAUUCGCACCGAGUUAUUUGAAAUACAAAGAAGCUGAAUCAACAGCUACUCUGACCGAAGCAGAAGCGUCAAUAUCUAGCAACCUUACAAACUCUCGGACAAGGUGGGAGAAAAGAUGGCAUGGAUAAAAGCCCAUCACGCGUUUAAAUCGCGAUGGGACAGAACGGACAAUGACAUGUGCCGCAACAGCAUGUCGUUCUUCCUCCAUAAAACCAUCCGGAGUGAUUUUUUUUCCAGUUAUCUCUUCCUCUUGGAGGGACUGCCUCUGGUGAAACUGUUCACUUUGACAAGUGAAAUCAUUAAUGGUGAAAUGCAGUUCUAUGCCAGAGCCAAACGCUUCUAUGAAGAUGUGCCAGCAACAGAGGAGGGUAUGAUGGGAGACUUUUUGGAGCUCAACAGCAUAGAUGUCGAGGCUUCCUGUGGGUUUCUGAGGAAGUUUGUUGGAGGUCCAGGGAAGGCUGACACUGAGUAUGCAUUGGACUGUGGCUGUGGCAUUGGCAGAGUUACCAGAUAUGUCCUGCUACCUUCUUUCUCCUCUGUUGACGUGGUGGACAUGAUGGAUAACUUUUUAUUUGAGGCACUUUCCUACAUUGGAAAAGAUGCACAAAAAGUCAAGGAUUAUUUCUGCUUUCCUUUACAGCAGUUCACUCCACCCAUUAAAAAGUAUGAUGUUAUCUGGAUUCAGUGGGUAACUGGACAUUUAACUGAUAAGGACCUGAUGUUGUUCUUAAUAAGAUGCAAGAGCAGCCUGAAGGAUGAUGGAGUUAUCAUCAUUAAAGAUAAUGUUGGGCGACAGGGAUGUGUCUUGGACCAAAAUGACAGUAGUGUAAUCCGGGAGAUUGAGAUUUUGAGGAAUAUCAUAGCAAAAUGUAAUCUGGAGAUCAUCUGUGCUGAGAAACAGCUGGACAUCCCCGAGCAGUUUGUACCUAUAUGGAUGUUGGCCUUGAAAUAGGAAUUAAACGUGCUUAAUUCAAUGUCCAUAGAGUAGACCAUUUCUAUGAUGCAAAAUAAUUGUGAUAUGUAAAAAUGUUAGCACUAGAUAAUGCUAUACCUAGAUUUAUAAAUCCAUUGUUAACGAUCUAAUGCACUUCUUUUGUACAUGAUUCAUUUUAACAUACUUAAUUCAUUGUUAUUUGUGUUUCUUUAUAACUUGAUUGCAAGAUACAAAAUGUUUACUUUUGCUUUCUAUGCAGCAUGUCAUUUGUGGUCAAAUCGGGAAAAUGUGCUUUCAGUUCAUUGUCCAUGUUGUUUAAUACCAUCAUACGAACAGUGGUAAAGUCAUCGGAACCUUGAACAGUUUGUGCAAUUAAACCGUUUAAAUCAUUUCCAGGAAGUCAGUAAUAGGUCGGCAGGAACAUUAGUUGCUCAUUUCAGCAAGAUAUAUUGUAUUGAUCUCAGAAUCAAUGAUUCACCAAACAGUCCUAUCUACUGCCAGCCACCGCACAUGGCAGCAGGCACCACCCCCCACCCCCUGCAUCCCUCAUUGUUCUUGGUAGUUCCCCUCUCACUGUGUACCCCCUUCUUUCAUGCCCCCCCCUCCCUUGCUAGAUCUCCCCUUCGUUCACGGCAUCCCCUCCCCCCCUGCCAGUUCCUCCCUUUCAUUCUUGGUGGCUUUCCCAGCUCUCUGACAGCCCUCUCCGCUCUCUGACGGGCCCCUCAUUCUCUGACGGUGCUCCCCACUCUCUAACGGCCCCCCCCC